AGCGUGUUUGGGUACACGCCUGAUACUGUGUUUGGCAUCGAGGGGUUUGCGAAGGGUGCGGUUGCGUUGUCCAGCGUCACGGCUGGGAUCGGCAUAUGCGUCGACGCCUGGUUCCUCGCGACCUACAGCAGCGCUAACGCGCAGAAGUUCAAGGCGCUCGCCACGGACGUCUACUCCUCGUUCUUUUUCUUCUCCAUCGCAUCGCGCCUGCCCAUCCUAAUGCUGCUCUGCACCUCGGUCGCGGUGAUGCUCCUGCUGUUCGCUAUCGCGUGGUCGAACUGGGGCGACAUCGUCGUCGUCGCAUCUGUCUUCGCGUUCACGGUGUACUAUCUGCAGUAUAUCGUCCUCGCGGUGCAC